AUGGUGACACUGAUGCCGUGCGGGUUCCUCGGCGGCGCGUCGCGCUGCAGCUUGGACGAGCCUAAGGCAAAGCGUUCUAGACCCGACAACGGUACUGAUAUUCGGUUAUCAGGCGAUGUGAACACAAGUCCGUGUGACUCUGAGUCUACUUCUGAUUCUCCGCCGUCGCUGCUUCAAGAUGCAUCACUACCCGCGCUGCUAGUCUCCGGGUCUACAACACUGUUUCAAAACACGUCCACUGUUAGUUCUACCAACCUACCCUCCGUGGAUUCUCUAGGUUUACCGACUUCGGAAGUGGAGAGUUGUAACUUAGUGAACGGAUGCUCCACGAGCUCAUCCCUGGCUGGUCUGCCGCUGCCUCUCACCUCCUCUGGUGGUCUGUGUUCGACGACUCCAUCGUCAGCCGUCGCCUGGUUGAUGAAUGAGGAUAGCACGGCUAGUUAUAUUGUAGGGGGUGGAGUCAAGAGCGAGGUGCGCAGCCCGGGGCUGUGUGAGGCAGACGUGGCGCUGUACGGAGAGACGCUGCCCUACGACCAGAACACGCUGCCCUACCAGUAUUAUAAUAGUAUGCAGCAGUAUGGUAGUGCGGGAACAGCGUCUUCAUACGUGGGCUCGACGUUGUACAACCAGCCUUACGCGGCCUACCCUCCACCGCACAAUACUAAUAACAGGUCGUCGUGUAAAGCUACGCCCACAUAUUUGAGUUACGGUGUGGGUAGCGUCGGGACAGUACCUGGAAAUUUCGCAACCCAACCCUCGCCCUACGCCUAUCCGUCAUACAAUGGCGGACUCACACAGUCGUUUUCUAAUACGCAACAAGAUUACAGUAGUUACACGACGGGCUACGCGGACCAUAGCGUCGCUCAAUAUGGCGGGUACUAUGCAACACCAAGUUACUCACCUUAUGUCAGUUCGCCAAGUAGCAGUGGAAGUGCAGGCCAUACUUCUUAUCACCUUGGAGGCACUUUGUCAGAGUCUCCAUCAUCAAUUCUUCCAACACUGAAUGACACUCCACUGUCACCGAUCAAGAAUGAGGUCCAUGCAGCCAGUCGGAGAUGCAGAGAAAACUCAGGUGAGAGUACAGCCAGUAGAUCUCGUGGUCGUGGUCGUAGGAACACUUCUUCGUCCCCCGCGCAACAUGUUCCCGAGCCAGCCACGGACAGAGUCUUUAUAUGGGAUCUCGAUGAGACGAUAAUUAUUUUCCACUCAUUGCUCACAGGGACUUAUGCAACUAAAUAUAAUAAGGACACACAACAGAUAGUUCAAUUAGGUUAUAGAAUGGAGGAGAUGAUAUUCAGUCUUGCCGAUACACACUUCUUCUUCAAUGAUGUUGAGGACUGUGACCAGGAGCACAUAGAUGCUGUAGCAGCAGAUGAUAAUGGUCAAGACCUAUCAUCAUACAACUUCUCAUCGGACGGGUUCCACGCUGGCUCGGCUCCCAGCGGCGGGCUGUGCGCGCCCGGAGUGAGGGGCGGCGUGGAUUGGAUGAGGAAACUAGCCUUCAGAUACAGGAAGAUUAAGGACACGUAUAAUAAUUAUAGGAAUAGUGUCGGAGGUCUUCUUGGACCAGCUAAGAGAGAGCUGUGGUUACAACUACGAGCUGAACUAGAACAGGCCACUGAUAACUGGCUGACGCUCGCCUGCAAAUGCCUUAAUAUGAUCAACUCCAGGGAGAACUGUGUGAAUGUACUAGUAACCACGACACAACUGGUGCCCGCCCUGGCCAAGGUCCUUCUGUUCGGACUCGGCGGAGUCUUCCCCAUAGAGAAUAUAUACUCCGCCACUAAGACAGGCAAGGAGACGUGUUUCGAAAAGAUAAAGCAGCGUUUCGGUGAGCGCUGUACGUACGUGGUGGUGGGUGACGGUCAGGACGAGGAGGCGGCCGCUAAGGCUAAGAACUAUCCCUUCUGGAGGAUCUCGGGCCACUCGGACAUCGCCGCGCUAUACAACGCGCUCGACAUGGGCUUCUUAUGA